UUCCGGUUGCAGCGGGCGGGGAGCGGCCAUGGAGGAGGCGCAGCGCCGGGCCCUGCGGCGCGGCCGGGCGAGGCUGGUGGCGGCGCUGCGGGUGGCCCCGCUCUGGGGCCCGCUGCAGGAGCGCGGCCUCUUCACCCGGCCCAUGGUGGAGGACGUGCAGAGCGCUGGCAGCCGAGGAGAGCAAGCCCGGCAGCUGGUCAUUGACCUGGAGACUCGAGGGAAGCGGGCUUUCCCUGUAUUCCUCUCCAUCCUGCGGGACACAGGGCAGGGCGACCUCGCAGACAUGCUGACCGAGGAGUGUGGGUGCCCAUCGGCACCACCCCAGCUGGUAGACCUGAGGCCUGUCGAGCUGGAGUUACGUGGAGGACAUCAUCCUAAAAAUGUGAACCUUCCAGAACAUUUGUCCAUCCCGGUGCAAGCAGAGAGUGAAAGACCACGGGUACCUCCUGUGCCAGUCCGGGGUAAGCCAUGGCCCAGGCUGUUCCGGAGGGCCAGGGAAUUUAUACACAUCACCAAUGUGUCAGGGCCGACAGGGAAGGAACGAUGUGGAUAUGGGGAGGAAGGUGGACAACACCUGGCUGUGGAGUGUGGGAGAGCUAAGUCCUGUGUCUGUUGUGUUGUAGGUUUGGCUGUUGACAAGUGGAACCGCGAUCUGGUUUACCAGCUGAGAGCGGAUCCGUGCGGGCGCUGCCUGAUCCUCAACAACAUCAACUUCACCACAGGCUCAGGUCUGUCCACUCGCCACGGCUCCGACGUGGACUGUGAGAAGCUGGAAAAGCGCUUCAGGGCCUUGAGCUUUGAUGUCCUGACUCAGAGGGAUCUGGAAGCUCAGGCCAUGGUUUCAGAGCUGCAGAAGCUGGCACGGCAGGACCACAGCACCCUGGACUGCUGCACUGUGGUCAUCCUCUCCCAUGGCUGUCAGACGAGCCAUGUUCAGUUCCCCGGAGGCGUUUAUGGAACAGAUGGAAAACCAAUUCCAAUAGAAAAGAUUGUGAACUAUUUCAAUGGGUCCAAUUGCCCGAGUCUGAGAGGAAAACCCAAACUCUUCUUCAUCCAAGCCUGUGGUGGAGAGCAGAGAGAUCGAGGCUUUGUAGUGGAUUCCAGUUCACCUGGAGAUGAAGCUCCCGGAGGUUCUGUGGAGUCGGAUGCGACUCCUUUCCAGGCUCCAUCAGGUAACACGGAUGAGCCAGAUGCUGUAGCCAGUUUGCCCACUCCCAGUGACAUCUUGGUCUCCUACUCAACUUUUCCAGGUUUUGUCUCCUGGAGAGAGGUGUCGAGUGGCUCCUGGUAUGUGGAAACCCUGGACAGUGUGCUGGAGCAAUAUGCCCCUUCGGAAGACCUGCUGAACAUGUUACUGCGGGUGGCCAACGCUGUCUCUGCCAAGGGGAAGUACAAGCAGAUCCCAGGCUGCUUCAACUUCCUUCGUAAAAAAUUCUUCUUCAAGUGCAAAUGAUGCUCUGAGGAUCCUGCCAAGCUCCAGAGCUGCUUCCCCCGCAGCCAGAGGAAACCUGCUCCCACCAGGACUGCAUCCAUGCUCCCGGUGUCAUCUCUGUCUGUCGAGAUGUUUGUCUUGAGAAAUGUCACCUGUGAAUGCUGUGAAACAGGGAGGAGAUGGAGACUGGCGCUGUGCUGAUGGGAAAUGGUAUGGAUGGAGCAGGGGCAGCACGUGCUGGCCCAGAGCCUCUGUGCUCGCAGAGGAGAGCACCUCCAGCUCGCUGCAAUGCGCCUGUGCUCAGCCUCAGGGUAUUUUGUUUGGUGACUGCCACACUUGUGGCCUUCUCUGCCUGGAAAACCAACUGAUGGGAUCAAAGUCUGGCGCUUAAGUGGCACGGAAUGAUUUUUGUAAUUGAGAUUUCCAAUAAAACACGAUGGACAAGGCAAGAAAAUC